AUGCUCGGCCUGACCGCGACAGCGGAGACCUCGGCUCUCGCCUGCGUACCCUGCGCCAGAUCCAAGGCACGAUGCGAUCGCAAGGUACCGUGCACGCGCUGCGUCCUCAAGAAGCUUACCUGUCGGGCACGCGUUUCGAAACGGCGUGGCGCAAAGGACAGCCCCAAUAUUAACAACGCCCAAGCCACUAGGUUCCAGGUUGACAACGAUGGCAGUGGCAGGGGCACCCGGGAGACGACCCACGGUAUCUGGAUGGACUGGAGCCUCCGGUUCGACGCCGUUCGUACCGUCAGCCAAUCCUCCCAGGGCCUGGCUCAGGCUGGCCCCAGGGGAAAUUAUGGCUCGCAGUUUCUAGCCCAGCUCGUCUCUGCCGCCGCGGCUGCAGCAGACGACGCCGGUACUUCCCUGUCCCAAUUCCUGCCCACGCCGGCCGACUUACAGCACUUCAUCGCCCCCAAUUUCUCUCUCGCGCCCUGCCUCGGCGCCGGCAUGAACGUCGACAGUUCACCCGACGCACUGCUCGCAUCUCUCGCGCCCUGCCUCGGCGCCGGCAUGAACGUCGACAGUUCACCCGACGCACUGCUCGCAUCUCUCAGCCACGGCGAGGCGACGGAUGGCCACGUUCCAGCAGCAUCGACACUGCCGCGGCGGAUGGAACCCCCGAGCGUCGAUUCGGAAACCGAGGCCCUGGAGAGCUGGCCUCUCUUCCGAUGCAACCCGGCGGCGCCAUCAUCAUCCUCCACCAGCAAUCCCACAGGGCCGAGCCAGGUCAAAAAGCUCAGUGCCCUACUCAGGGAUGUGUCCAUGUCCACAACAACGAACACGGCUCGGCCGUCCGGAUCCAGUACUGCCGUCGAACCUCUACUAGCCGGCACCAGGGAGACCCUGACAGCGGUGCUGCAAGGCCUCUUCCACGAGGCACAGCAGCUCUACGGGUUUCAAAGCAGCCCCGACGACGGCCUGGACGUCCUCACGCUGCCCCCACCCUCCGAGAUGGACUUCCUCCUCCGAGCGGCUGUCGACUGCUACGCGCCGCACUACCCCGCCGCGCUCCUGACCGCCGUGGAGGUCAACGAGCGCAUCGGCGCCAACCGCGCGACCGCGACGCUAUGGCCAUCGGCGCCAUGGCGGCCGGCGCCCCCGGGCCGUAUCCUGAGAUUGCCCUCGGCUGUCGACAUCUGCCGCAUCUCGCUGCACAAACUCGUCGAGCGGAACGUGCAGCUCGCUUCUGACCCCGAGUUCAUGCAAUGCGCGCUGCUGCUCGUCAUUGCGAUGGUCUGGAGCGGCGAUAAGCGGCUGAUGGAGAUGGGGAUGUAUCACAAGGCUAUGUACUUGGAGAUGCAUCUGAGGGCAAGUCUCCAUGCGUCAAGGGAUGACCAACUGGCUCGGCUGGACACAUCCGCCGACGCCCCCCACCGUUGCGAGAUUUUGAAAUCCCAGGGGAUGCUGAACAGAGCGACAUACUCCUGGCUCGUCCUGGACUAUGAACUACGUCUAUUCCAAGACACUCCGGCGACAUCAUUUCUGUCGGUGGCCAACCUCGACCUGCCGAUGCCGAGUUUCGAUGUCGCUCUGAGCGCUGCCUCGCCCGGUGAUUCGGCGCCAAACGCGGGGCAACACACCCUCAACGUCGCCCGGUCUAUCAAGGACUGGGUAGCACGCUUCACCGACGCCAACGAUACCAGCACCAUGGGCCACGUCUCGCCGCACACGCUGCGCAUCCUGCUGUGCCACCUGGCCGACCAAGUCCUCCACCUGCGGUCCAGAAUCGACGGGCUUUGCUCGACCGGAAACCAGACCCACCACCACCUGCGCAGAAGAUCACGACGAAACGACACACCCACCGCCGCCCUCCUCUCGAUGCAGAUGCGCGAGGUCCAGGGCCUCCUCAAGAAAUGGUUCGACCUCGCCGAGACGCGCCGCCGCGGCCCCCCGGGCGGGGACACAGACACCAGCACGGCCGUGGCCGCGGCACACCGCGCCAAUGCGGUCAUCUACCACCUCACCAUGCUCAGCACAAUGGUGAGUUUCCCCGAGAUCGAGCGCCUCGCCCGUCGCGGUCCCGACGACGCCCGCGCCGCGGAAGCAGCACGCGCACACACACACCACCAACCCCACCACCACCACCACCUCGACCCGGACGACGCGCGCGAGAUCGCGGUCCACUGCGGCCAGGCGCUGCGCAGCCUGCGCGGCCUGACCGCGUCGCCGUCGGGGCCGUCGCCGGCGCCACCGUUGUGGUGGGCGGCCGCCGUGUACCGCGCCGUGCUGGUCGCCUGGGCGAAUAGCGCGAACAUGAUGAUGAUGAGUCAAGGUGGUUCCUCGCCGGCGGCCGGCUCGUUGUUGAGGGUGCAGCUGGACGCGCUGCCGGCGCGGUAUGACGCGGCCGUGCUCUCGGACCCGGACCCCGCGACCGGCGAGGCGGUGUCGCUUGCUGAGCCGAAGGCGAUACUGCGGUAUGGUGUGCGGUUGCUUGAGUUGGGUGUUCAGAGCGCGUUUGCGCAGGGCGUGCGGCUGAGGUUGAUGGCCAUGGCGCGGCGGUGGGAGGACGUGUGA